CAGAGCCCCCUCCAUCCUAUGAGUAAAGCGCAAGCGCAAUAUGAUGGAAUCAACUCACUCGCUACGGUAAUCGGCGGCAAGUGAGAGAAAAUUCCGCUUCAUAAGGAUGCUGCUUGUAGCUCCAACACGUGUAAACUGCAAUGUAUCGAUACCUAAUACUUAAGCUCUUCUCAAUACUUAGUGUUUUGAAUUAUGGUUGUUGUCGGCAGGUGGAGAGUCCUGCACAAUUGGAUAAUGUCACAGAUAUACUCAAAACAAUACUGGAAGGCUACGAUAUACGACUUAGACCUAAUUUCGGAGGUGCUCCAUUGCUCAUUGGUAUGGAUAUGGUUAUAGCUAGUUUCGACAGCAUAUCUGAAGUUAAUAUGGAUUAUACUUUAACACUUUACUUGAAUCAGUUCUGGACUGAUGAAAGGCUGAUUUUUAGCAGAGAAAAUUACGAACUUACACUUUCAGGUGAUUUUGCAGAGAAAAUUUGGGUACCAGAUACAUUUUUUGCAAAUGAUAAGAAUUCUUUUUUACACGAAGUUACUGAAAAAAAUAAAAUGGUGCGAUUGCGAUCAAAUGGAGAAAUUGCAUAUGGUAUGAGGUUUACAACAACAUUAGCUUGCAUGAUGGAUCUACAUUAUUACCCAUUAGACACACAAAAUUGUACAGUAGAAAUUGAAAGUUAUGGUUAUACUGUAGCAGAUGUUGAAAUGUACUGGACGCAAACGCCAGUAAUUGGAGUUGAAGACGCUGAGUUACCACAGUUUUCUAUCAUAAAGUAUGAAACUACAAAUCGAAUGGAAAAACUUGCUACAGGGACAUACCAACGUUUAUCACUGAGCUUUGAACUGAAAAGAAAUAUUGGAUAUUUUAUAUUUCAAACAUAUUUGCCGUCCAUUCUCAUCGUUAUGCUGUCUUGGGUCUCAUUUUGGAUAAAUCAUGAAGCUACAUCAGCAAGAGUGGCACUUGGUAUUACCACUGUAUUGACCAUGACUACAAUUAGCACAGGAGUACGCUCGUCUCUGCCUCGUAUUUCAUACGUCAAAGCCAUCGAUAUAUAUCUAGUGAUGUGUUUUGUAUUUGUAUUCGCCGCACUUUUAGAAUAUGCUGCUGUAAAUUACACUUAUUGGGGAGCUAGAGCGAAAAAGAAAACAAAAAAGGAAAAUAAAGCAAAUGACGUUGUUUGUCCAAAUGAAGAAAUAAUAGAACUCCAGGAUGUCAGAAUGUCCCCGAUCCCUUGUUUACGGAAAAGGAAGUCUCUGAGUAAUGCUACUAGUGAGACGGAAGCCAUAUUUCCGCCCUCAUUGCGCUUGAGUAACUUAUCUUUACGCACUUCUUAUAGCCCUAGAGUUCCUAGUGGCUUGGGGCGCCGAAGUAGGAUGGAAUACGGGCGAAAGCCAAAAGUUAUUCAAGCUUUAAAAAAGAGAGCCAACGCCCUCAAGGCUUCCGUUCCCCGAAUCAAAGAUGUCAACAAAAUAGACAAAUAUUCUCGGGUUAUAUUUCCAGUGUCGUAUUUGAUCUUUAACGCCAUCUAUUGGUGCUUCUACUUAUUCUGAAGUCGGGCAUUUUUAAAAAUAAAUUUACCAAGACAAUUUUAUUCUGCAUUCCAAAGAAAGUAUUUGAUAAGUUAACGUGUAUACCUCCAUUUAUUGGCAUCAAUGUCGGACAUUAAUUGCAAACAGAAUAAAUGAUUUUAGUUUGUGUACUUACAUUGACUUGCUAACACUGUAAAAAAUGAGUUGUAUGAAGAACGUUCAAUUUUACGAAGCUUGAAGUUUUCUCCGAAAACUGUUAUUCAUAACAAGUAUAUUACUUGGUAGUCAAAGGCAGUUAAAAAGCAAGUUUAGGAACGUUAUAAAAUUAACUAAAUUCUUUAAUACAUUCUGAAUGAAGAGAAUUGAAUAUAUUCAUAAGUGUAGCGCAAACCGAAAUGAUGAUUAAUCAGAUGUAGCUCCUCAAGUUGAGCUCUUUGUACAAUUCAUGGAGAAAUAUGAUGUGUUCUUAGCAAUUAAGACUAAAGCUUGUUAAAAGUGUUUUUGUUGCUAAAGUAAAGACUUUUUAUUCCUUUAGGAUACAGGUUUGCUUUUUGUUACUCUAACGAAACAUUCGGAGCUCUGUGGCAUAUCAUAUUAAUAGCCAAUGAGUUACUUUUUUAUUCCAGAAGAACACGGUACCCAAUAAAAUAAGAUCUGCUUUGUAAACAUUGUUUCUGGACCAUACAUAUAUUGAUAUCGUAAUAAUAAUUUUAGUUUUCUUUUCAUCUCGUCAUAAAUAAAAAACAUCUGCUGUAGUAUUAGAUAAGUGGAAAACUAACUCUCCAGUGAAUGCAACCUAUUGCGUUAGCAUUUUUGGCAUAGUUUAAAACAUUCACGAAAAAUUCCUAAACUCUACAAUGAAGUUUGAUUCACAUAAAAGAGACAAUUCUUUUGUUUGUAUUUCAUAUAUAUAAGUAUGAAAAUUAUUUCAAGGGAAGAUGUUUUAAUGUAUUACAAAUCGGAGUCAACCUAGAAAAAUUUGCCUUCUGGUUAUCAUAUUUAAUGUUUUAAAAGCUUGGAAAAGUUGCAUCAAGAUGGAAAAAAACUGCUCUGGUUUAAUACGAAGAACGUGCGCACGGUGUUAAAAAACACGCUACAUUCUGAAUAACUGACCAAAUCAACAUAUUUGUAAUUUGAAGCUCUAAACUAAGAAAUUUGAGAGCAUGUAAAAUACUGUGAAAUUACAUGACGGUGCUCAAUUUCUUGAUAAGUUACCUGGCUAAACUAUUAAAACUAUAUCUUCCAGAUCAUAAUUUUGUACGGUAAAAAGUUUUUAAGGAUUUGAAAAUCAUAAACAUUAAAAAAUCAUAUUAUGUUCGAUUAGAGAAUAAGAGCUUUUAACUACAAUUAUCAACUUCAAAAUCUAUUAGUAAAUUUCCUAAAAUACUGUAUAAUGCAUCACAUUACGUUUAAAAUCAUUUAAAUUAUUACCAUCAACAUGUAUUCAAAAUAAGAUUUUUUUUAAUAUUGCAU